AUGGAGGUGGACACAGGAACCAGGGGACAAAAUCCCUUGCAGUGGAAUCAGACUACAUUGCUGGAUUUCAUCUUGCUUGGCUUCUCUGAUGCCCCCAGCCUCCAAGGAUUUCUUUUUGGGGUGUUUUUGAUCAUCUAUGUGAUUAUUCUGAUGGGAAAUAGCCUGAUCAUCAUCAUAACCAAGAUUGAUCCUUCCCUCCAGACCCCUAUGUAUUUUUUCCUGAGGAACUUUUCAUCCUUGGAAAUAUGUUACGUAUCCGUCACUGUCCCCAGAUUAUUGACAGAUCUUUGUAGACAAAACAGAAACAUAUCCUUUCUGGCCUGUGCUACUCAAAUGUACUUCUUUCUGGUAUUGGGAGCGACUGAGUGUUUUCUUCUGACUGCCAUGGCUUAUGACAGGUACGUUGCCAUUUGCAACCCAUUACUCUACCCUCUCAUCAUGAACAGUAGGCUGUGCAUCCGACUGGCAGCGGGCUGUUGGGUCAGUGGAAUCCCAGUGCAUGUAGGGUUUACCUACCAGAUCUUCUCUCUCCCUUUCUGUGGCUCGAACCAGUUGAAUCACUUUUUCUGUGACAUACCUCCAGUCCUUAAACUCACCUGUGGGGAUACCUCUUUGAUUGAGCUGUUGAUUUAUGUGGUUGCUGUCCUAGUUGUCACUAUUCCUUUUAUGUUGAUUCUUGGAUCGUAUGUGAAAAUAAUUGGGAGCAUCUUGAACCUGCCUUCAGCCACGGGGCGAGCCAAAGCCUUUUCCACCUGUUCCUCCCAUCUCAUCGUCGUGGCUUUAUUCUUUGGAUCAGGCAUCAUGACAUAUUUGAGACCGAAUUCCAGUCAUUCCAUAGGGGUGGACAAAUUUCUUUCUCUUUUUUACACCAUUGUCACACCAGUGUUUAACCCUAUGAUAUAUUGUCUGAGAAACAAAGAUGUUAUGGUGGCCUUGAGAAAAUUUCUGCUGAAACGGGUUGUGCUGUGA